GUACACGAAGUAGACGAACAUCAAAACGGACAUCGUGGCCAAACAUCGUGACACUAACGAUUGGGCGCCUCAACAUAAUAUUGUGGCGCUCUGGGCGUGUGGAAGCGAGAGCGCUUAACUGUAACCGGCAAGACGAAGGCACAGUGCAGUGUGUGCGGAAGCGAGCAACAACACGCCUGAGACGAAGUAACAACAUUAAUUAUGGCCAUCAAACCAGGUCUGGGUCGCAAGACGAGCAACAAGAAUCCGCCGAUACUCAGCCAUGAGUUCGUCAUACAAAACCACGCGGACAUCAUCUCCUGUGUGGCAAUGGUGUUUGUGGUUGGGCUAAUGAACGAGUCGACGGCAUCGUUUGCCAGUGCCUUCAUCUCGCUGCAUCACAACGUGAGCGGCGAGGAGGCAAGCAGGGAGCAGCCGUAUGGCAAGCCCUAUACAUAUGUGGCCGGCAUCAAGGACUAUUGUGCUAUAUUCUUCUACACGCUCACUUGCAUCAUCAUGCACGCCAUCAUCCAGGAGUUUGUGCUGGACAAGAUUAGCAAGAAGCUGCAUCUGUCCAAAUUCAAGCUGGCUCGCUUCAACGAAUCCGGCCAACUGGUCGCAUUCUAUCUGCUCUCAUUCAUUUGGGGCACGCACGUGGCGCUGCGCGAAGGCUACCUCGGUCAGGUGGCUCUGCUCUGGGAGGGCUAUCCAGCGCAUCCGAUGAGCUUUCUGCACAAGUUCUACUUCAUCAUCCAGCUGUCGUACUAUCUGCAUAUGCUGCCCGAGCUCUACUUCCAGAAGGUGCGCUCCAAGGAGGAGCAACAGCCCAAGAUCAUACAUUCCAUUAGCGGUUUCACGCUCAUCGUGCUGGCCUACACGCUCAGCUUCCAGCGCUUGGCUCUCGUUCUGCUCACCCUACACUACUUCAGCGAGCUGCUCGCCCACAUCUUCCAGCUGAUCGGUGUCUUCGAUCGCGACGAGCGUCUGGCCCGUGUGGGCAUCGUGAACAACGUGUGCUUCGUCCUGGUGCGUUUUGCCACCUCCGUGAUUGGUGUGCUCACACUCUACUAUGGCAUUUGCGUGUCCGGCGGCAGCUAUAAUCUGCGUGCGGUCAUUGCGCUGAUCGGCCUGAUCGCCGUGCAGGGCUAUCUGGUGUUCUCCUUCAUCACCGAGCAGCUGCGCGCCAAGCGGGAGGCGAAGCGUGAGGCCAAGCUGCUGGCGGCACAGACCAAGAAGGCGAAGGCGCCCAACAAGGACAAAUCGAAGCGCAAGAAGGAGAGCGAUCUGCCCGAGGCGGAUCAGGUCUCCUCCAGUCCGGCCAAGCAGAAGCUCAAAUGAAGCAGCUCAGCUGCAACUGUAGCAAGAGCCACAGCCACAAUCAAAUGCAACAAAAUCUUCCGUGCACUUCCAGACGCUCAAGCAACAAACAAACACACAAACAAGCGAAACUACAAGCAAACAACAAAUACAACAACAACAACUACAGCUGCAACUACAACUGCAACACGAACAGAACGGAACAGACUCUAUUAGUGAACUCAAUCACUUGAUACACUAAGCAACACAACACAUGAAACAUUUAUCUACUGUCGCAUUUACAAAUUUUUUCUCAGAGCGCAAAAUUUUUUGUAAGCC